CCCUUUUAUUGCCUGUAGUACAUAGCGAGAGAGAGGGGGGGGUAGAUUCAGAUAUCCGCUCACCGGAAUCAAACGUAUUGACUGUGGAUCUAAGAAAUGAUACAAUUAAAAAGGGGGAUUUCAUGAAAGACAACGGAGCGUUCCCCAAAAGUUUUUCCUAGUGGAAUUGUUUGUGUCCUGCAGACACGGUUCUAAUACCGAUAAUGGAAUGGCACAUGGCGGAAUGAUGACCAGCUGGACAUAGCCCAGUGUCAAAAUACUCACAUUUUUUCUGUGGUUGUGCUGAUCUAAGACCCACUAACAGCGAUCAGACCAUUUGUAUUUAAAUGGGAGAAAAUCUCAUGUGAUCCCGUUUCUCUUCGCCAAAGAGAUGUUGCACUUGCACAGCGAUUCUAGGAAGAUUUACGUGUGCGCGGGGGGACCAUUCAAUCGCUGCCUCAAGCUCCAUUCAGCUUGUUUUCAAUCUUUGGUCAUCAAUAUUUAGCAUCCCGUUUAUGCCAAACUCGUCACAGUAAGAUUAACACGCGCAUUUUAAAGGAGUUCCCGAGGUCAGUGUUGAACUUGUUGAACGCUCACAAAGACUGGACUGUGCACGGUGAAUUGAGGGCAAACCUACACAUAGCCUGGGUGGCGUUGCCGGGCCGGAACAGAAACAUGAUUGACAGCAAACAAAACUGAGCGGCCUGUCACUCAUCUCUCCAUCAGCGUGUCAAAAGGCUGCCUCCUCCAGGGGCUGUCACCUCUCUCCUCCUCCACACCUACUUCUCCUCCCUCCAUCCUCUUCUCUGCUGGAAGGGCCAGUAACCCCGUACCUCAGCGUGCCGUGAUUCCCCCGUUACAACACCGGCCGGAGAGAUAGAGGGCAGAGACCAGGACAGGAGUUGGGAGAGGACUCCAGAACAAAACAAGUGUUGCCCCCCUCCUCUCCACCUUGCCCUCCUCCUCAUCAAGCUGUUAACAGCAGGCUGGCAUGCUGCCACAGUUCCUUGGCUCCUCUCUCCGUAAAGGUUGGAUUAUUUCAUAAACUCCAAAGCCCUUUUCCUCUGUCUCUCUGUCUCUGUUUCGGGAGAGAGGAAGGACAGUGAUUCCUCAUUGAGAAAGAAACAGCCCUUUUCUAGAGACCUAGCGUGUCUGAGAGGAAGCAGCCAUGCGUUUCCCUCUGGUGUUGACACUGCAGGCGCUGUGGGCCAGUGUGUGCCAGACCAUGCAGCACUACCCUGCUGCCUGGGGACACUACGACGUGUGUAAAUCUCAGGUGUACACGGAUGAAGGACUCACCUGGGAUUACAUGGCCUGCCAACCUGAGGCCAUGGACAUGACCAAGUACCUGAAGGUUACGGUGGAUCCACCCAACAUCACCUGUGGAGACCCGCCUGAGACAUACUGCGCCCUGGAGAAUCCUUACAUGUGUAACAACGAAUGUGACGCCCAAAACGAGGAUCUGGCCCACCCUCCGGAGCUCAUGUUCGAUUUUGAAGGUCGGAACCCCACAACCUUCUGGCAGUCCAGUUCCUGGAAGAAAUACCCCAGGGCCCUCCUGGUCAACAUCACACUGUCCUGGAAAAAAACCAUCGAGCUGACCGACGACAUCGUGGUCACCUUCGAGUCCGGACGCCCUGAACAGAUGGUUCUGGAGAAGUCUCUGGACUACGGUAAGACCUGGCAACCCUACCAGUUCUACGCCACAGACUGUCUUGACGCCUUCACCAUGGAGCACAAGACUGUCCAGGACCUGACCCAGCACACACUUCUAGACAUCAUCUGUACAGAGGAAUACUCCAGGGGCUACGUGUGGAAGAACGCUAAAACCGUCCGCUUCGAGAUCAAGGACCGUUUCGCACUGUUCGCCGGGCCACACCUCCACAACAUGGCAUCCCUCUACGGUCAGUUAGACACUACCAAGAACCUGAGGGACUUCUUCACCAUUACAGACCUGAGGGUCCGGCUCCUCCGACCGGCCACCGGGGCCACCAUGGUGGACGAGAACAACCUGUCCAGAUACUUCUACGCCAUCUCUGAUAUCAAGGUGCAGGGCAGGUGCAAGUGUAACCUUCACGCCAACAGUUGCGUGUUUGACAAGGAGAAGCUAAAUUGUGAGUGUGAGCACAACACCACGGGACCGGACUGUGGCCGCUGUAAGAGGAACUACCAGGGACGGACGUGGAGCGCAGGAUCCUAUCUUCCAAUCCCCAAGGGCACGGCAAAUACCUGCAUCCCCAGUAACAUUGGUCCAGUUAUUCGGCCGAAUGUCUCAUCCCUAGGUGUUGCUAACCGAAACCAAGCCCGAGUGUGUGACAACGAGCUCCUGCGCUGUCAGAACGGUGGUGUGUGUCUGAACAACCUGCGGUGCCAGUGUACCCCGGCCUACACGGGCCUGCUGUGUGAGAAGCCCCGCUGUGAGUCGGAGCUGGGGAGCUGUGGUGGAACCAAUUCGGGUCAAGCCGCCCUCUCGCCUACAUCGCUCCCCACCCUGCUGCUGCUGGGCUGGAUGCUGCUCAGAGGGGCCUCCUACUGACCCUGGCCUACUCUGCUCUGAGAACCAUAGACCUACUGUCUAUUCUGAACUGGUGGAGAGUACUGCCCAAUAAUCAACUACAACAACAACCAGAACUACAACUGACACCAGAACUACAACACCAAUGAGUUUAUUCUACUGUACUGUAAUGUACUGUACGAGCUGUCCACCAGACACAGCAAGGACACACACUGUCUGUAAGGAAAUGUGCCAGAUAAAGCACAUAUAAAAAGUAAGUAAAUACCAGAUAUUUAAAAUUAUUAUAUUUAAAAAAAGAGUUUAACUUGAGCAUUUGCUUCAUAAAAAGUCAAACCAGUCCGCCAAACAGAGACCAGUGACCUAAGCCAUACCAGAGACUUUUCCCCCUUACUGUCAAAAGGUGGGACUGGGGAUGACAGACACUUUACUCACUUCCUCUCUUAUCGCCACGGCAACAGCAGCUGUGAACCAAUCAGCGGUAGCAAGCUCUAGAUAGCAAGGCCAGCAGCUGCUAGCUGCCCCUGUUCCCAGGGGUUUGAUGCUGGCUGCACUGAACUGCUUCUGGGCUGAACUGACUGACUAACUGACUGGCUAACUGACUGGCUGACUACAUAAAACUGUCCCUACCCAUGCUGAUUUGAAAAAUAAAUAAAUAAAAAAAGAGAGAAAUCGAGCCGGAGGAAAAAUAAUCAAAUAAAAAAGGAAAUGUAAGCAUUCUUUGCUGUCAGUAUAUUGUGGAUAUAAGGUAAUCCAUCCAGACUGCCACAAAUCUUACCCAAGUCUAUCUCUCUCUCUCCUUUUCUAAUUCUGUCCCUCUCUCUGUCUCUCUCUCUCUAUUUAUCUUUCUGUCCUCCUGUUCCUACUUCUCUAUCUCCCUAUAUUUCAUGGCUGUCCCCCUCCCUCCCUCCAGCCCUAUCCAGCCCCUCGCUCCUACCCAGCCCCUCCUUCCAGUCCUACCCAGCCACUCCCUCAAGUCCUAUCCACCCCCUCCAUCCAGUCCUACCCAGCC